AUGGCCUCCAUGAGCCCUCUGGCCGGAGCCAUGGCUGGAGCUAUGGCUCCAUCAGAUCAACCCGAUGGUCAAUCACAAAAGGGCUCCCUCAACUUGAGCCCGGACGAAGUGCGCGCCUUAGAAAUGACCCGCCUCCGCCUGGUCCAACUGUGCAAUGGGCUUGAGCGGUUCAAGGCUGACAUCUACAGGAGCAACCCGCUACCUAACCCUCAGAGCCUCCAGAACAGCGCGCGCAUCCUCAAACAAAACAUGACCCACCUCCUCGAGAUAAUGCAACAGCAUUCAUCCACCUUCCAGCGCGUAGUCGUAUAUCCAUCCACCAACUACCCCGGCCGCACACAAGAGGGCGUCGUCAUGCAGCUCCUCCGCAAGAAGCUCGAGCCCGACGUCGAGACGCUCGUCGAGUCCGCGCGCGAGGCGGCGCUCGCGGCCGGCGUCGACCCGAAGACGAGCUUCAACUCCACCGAGGACUCGCAGGAGCGCAAGGAGCGCAACAAGCGCGCCAGGCUCGAGGCGGAGAUGCAGGGGUACGGGGCCAACGACGAUGACGACGACGAAGACGACGACAACUCGGACGACAGCGAGGAGGGCGACCCGGAGCCCCACGGCAUAGGCGACGUCUGGUUCGACUCGCGCGCCUGGUGCAAGACGCGGCUCGCGGAGUUCGUCAGGGAUGAUUAUCAGGAUGCCUACACUGCCGAGGAGCGCGCCAUGGGCAUCGAGAACGUGCGGACGGGCCUGAGGCAGAACCUGGAGGACGAGUAUGAGGACGACGACGAGGAUGAGGAUGAGGAGGACACCGAGGGCGAUCAGGCCAUGACAGAUGCCUUGUCCACACCCCCGGGCAGUGACCCAUCUUCUGCUCAGCUUGGUGGUACGGGUACCGGGCAGCAGGUGAACACCGCGGGGCCAUCGCCCGGUUUGGAUCUAGAGCGCAUGUUAUGGCUCGCAGCGAGGGGAGACCGGGACCUGCCACCUGGUAUCGAGCUGGAGUCCAACCGGGUUGAAAAGCCUGGGCAGAAGAGACGUUUCGGCGACCGCUGA